AUGGCGGAUCCCAUGGAGCUUGACGAGCCGAGAGGUACCAAACGAAAAGACCCGCCGGCUUCAGGAGACGACAGCGCUCCUCGUCGCAUCAAGGCACUGGAUCCAGAUGUCGUCAACAAGAUUGCUGCUGGCGAGAUCAUUGUUGCACCGGUACAUGCCUUGAAGGAGUUGAUCGAGAACGCAGUCGAUGCCGGAUCCACGUCGUUAGAGGUCCUCGUCAAAGACGGUGGCUUGAAACUACUGCAAAUCACCGACAAUGGCCACGGCAUCGACAAAGAAGACUUGGCCAUUCUUUGUGAGAGAUUUACCACCUCCAAACUCAAGAAGUUUGAAGAUCUCAGCAGUAUCUGCACCUAUGGCUUCCGAGGCGAGGCGUUGGCCAGUAUCAGUCACAUUGCCCACCUGACGGUGACAACGAAGACCAAGGACUCUGACUGCGCUUGGCGUGCUCACUACGACAGCGGCAAGCUAGCACCUGCGAAACCUGGCCAUUCGUCUGAGCCGAAACCCACGGCAGGACGAGGUGGUACGCAGAUUUCAGUCGAGGACCUGUUUUACAAUGUUCCCACCCGACGCAGGGCUUUCAGGUCUACGUCGGACGAGUACAAUAAGAUCCUUGACAUGGUAGGGCGGUACGCCAUACACUGCUCCGGCGUGGCCUUUUCCUGUAAGAAGCAUGGGGAUUCUGGGACCUCAAUCGCCGUCCAAACUCAAGCCUCGACCAUAGACCGCAUUCGCCAGAUUCACGGUGGUGGUGUUGCCAAUGAGCUCAUCGAGUUUGCCACAUUUGACGAUCGCUGGGGCUUCAAGGCUAGCGGAUGGGCCACCAACGCCAAUUAUCACAUCAAGAAGACGACUCUUUUGUUGUUCAUCAACAACCGCAGUGUGGAAUCAUCAAACAUCAAGAAGGCCGUGGAACAGACCUACUCCACAUUCCUGCCCAAGAAUGGACACCCAUUUGUUUACCUCAGCCUCGAAAUCGACCCCCAGCGCGUCGACGUCAAUGUCCACCCCACGAAACGAGAGGUCAACUUUCUCAACGAGGAUGAAAUCAUACAGGCCAUCUGUGAAACAAUUCGCGAGAAACUGGCAGCCGUGGACACGAGCCGCACAUUCAUGACGCAGACACUGCUUCCUGGCACCAUUCUACCCAGCACCUCGUCGCAGCAGGAUGUCGAUGAACCUUCGACGAAAACGCCAAAUACAACACGCAAGACUCCAUAUCGACCUAACGAAAACAACCUGGUUCGUACAGACGCCUCACUGCGGAAGAUCACAAGCAUGUUCCCCUCAGCCUCCAAGUCUCCAGCACCUGGUGCACCACCCAACGAAUCAGGUGACGGGGGUCUUGAUCCUAGAUAUGAGAUCACGGAUCGAGAGCCAGUAUUCUGUCGUCUCACAAGUGUACGUGAGCUACGUACUGCAGUCAGGGAUGGCAUGCAUCAUGAACUGACCGAGAUCUUUGCGAACCACACUUUCGUGGGCAUUGUUGACGAAAAACGACGGCUCGCCGCUAUCCAAGGAGGGGUUAAACUCUUCCUCGUCGACUACGGCCGUGCGUGUUUCGAAUACUUCUACCAGGUCGGGCUGACCGAUUUUGGUAACUUUGGCGUGAUCAAGUUCCAACCUUCACUUGAUUUACGAGAGUUGCUCUCCAUAGCGGCCGAGCACGAGAAAGCAACCGCUGCGGAUGGCGAGCUGGCUGACGAUGACGACUUCGACGUGGGCGAGGUCGUGGAUGCUGUGGCCAAUCAGCUGGUGGAAAGAAGGGAGAUGUUGCUUGAGUAUUUCAAUCUCGAGAUCUCUCCCGCUGGUGAGUUGCUGAGCAUCCCACUCCUCAUGAAAGGUUACACUCCCCCCUUGUCAAAGUUGCCUCAGUUCUUGCUUCGUCUCGGUCCACACGUGAACUGGACAGAUGAAAAGGGGUGCUUUGAGACCUUUCUGCAGGAGCUCGCUACCUUUUGGGUCCCGGAGCAGCUGCCCUCCCUGCCAGGUAACGACCACGCGGAUGAGGAUAUUCCCCAUGAGAUCAAGGCCAGAAGAGCCCAGAUCCGACGGGCAGUGGAGCAUAUCUUCUUCCCGGCGUUCAAGGCAAGACUGGUAGCGACCAAGUCAUUCAUGAAGGGCGGCAUACUGGAACUCGCCGAUUUGAAGGGGUUGUACAGAGUAUUCGAGAGAUGUUGA